GAACUGGGUGUCGGGGCUGAGGAGUGUGAGGACAAAUGUUGGCUGCUUCUCGGCCUUUUCCAGAAAUGCGGCGUUGCAGCGAUUGGUGGACAGGGUCAAUACUAGCGCCUAGCAGGGGCCGAUGCUUGGCAGUCAGGGGCCAAAGGACAUAACCAAAACAACCGUUCUAUUAAUUCAGUUAUUUCUGAGUUCAAUUCCAUGUUCUGGAGGAUCAGUACACUAUCCAGGGGCUGAUACACCAACUAAAAGUUCCACAUUCAUGUUGAGGGUGAGAUGUGUACAUCCUUUUCACUCUCGCUUUCAUCCCAAGAAAAUCCCCCGCCGAAGUUUGGUGGGGCGCUGCCAGUCGGCCAACGUCAUUGUGUGGAAUUGUGGGUAAAGUUAUCAAUCCAUGGCUUGGCAUUCGACUCCUUUGCUGCCUCCCUAAACCUAACGGACGUCGGAGGCCUUGGAUCUCACCCCAUGAGAUCUGCUCCGAUCUCACAGAUCUUGCUUGGAUCCAAGUCGAU